GAGCGUUGGAGCAGUCGCAGCUCGAAUGGCAGGCGACGCGACAAUAGAGAUCGACGACUGUGCAAAUGUCGAGUGGUUCCUGGUUGUGUUGACUGCAGCAUAUCCAUACGAACUCCUUUCUUGAGACGCUUGGACCAUGCGCUGCUGUUUUCGCGCAAGACAUGGCUACAAAGGCUGCUCGAUGAGUCUGCGUGUCGUGAGCUACUGAAGUGGCAUGCAAGUCGUCCAGUCCGUGUAGCUGCCGGCACUUGAGUGUCGGUGUCAUCGGUGUCGUGUCGUGGCUGGGAGCCCACGCCGAAACACAGACACUACCGUUAUUCGGCAGCGUCGUACUACCAUUGGCUGGCAUGCGAUGAGGUUGGUCGCGCGCGGGCACAUCAAAGAAAGAAGAUGUUUACGCGUGGGAAGCAUCGGUCCUCUGCGUUAAAACAUUUAGGAUCUACAUCUAAAUACAGCACGACUGUGAAGCGAGACGCGGAGACCAGUUCCAACCCCUACCGACGACCGCAGCGCAGCCACAUUCGUAGUGAUGGGAGCCCUGCCGCGGCCUCCUCCACAUCUUGGCAGAACAGAGAACGACAAGCGACCAAGAACGAAGCAGACGAGGCAACGCCGAGCUCACAUCUUCUCCCGAAAACUGAGACCCAGAAACAACGCAAGCCGAGGACUGGCCGGCGGAUAUCCAAAAAACGUAACUGCAGCUGCUGCGAGUCGACUAUGCACCAUGAACGCCUCCCUAUCGCCAUUCGGAGUACUAAAGCGGCAAAUGACGAAGAAGGCGCGGUAACGCCAAGUCCGCAGCUGCUUCUGAAAGCAGACAGCCAGAACGAUUGCAAGUCGAGGACUGGCCAGCGAAUUCUCAAAAAACGUAACUGCAGCUGCUGCGAGUCGACUAUGCACCAUGAACGCCUCCCUAUCGCCAUUCGGAGUACUAAAGCAACAAAUGACGAAGAAGGCGCGGUAACGCCAAGUCCGCAGCUGGUUGUGAAAGCAGAGAGCCAGAACUAUUGCAAGUCUAGGACUGGCCAGCGAAUUCUCAAAAAACGUAACUGCAGCUGCUGCGAUGCAACUAUGCCCCAUGAACGCCGGCCCAGCACCAUUCUGAGUACAAAAAUGCCUAAGGACGAAGCAGAUGCUGUAACGCCAAGUCUUCAGCUGCUUCUGAAGGCUGACAACCAGAAAGAUGGAAAGUCGAGGACUGGCCGGCGAAUUCUCAAAGGACGUAAAUGCAGCUGCUGCGAGUCGACUAUGCACCAUGAACGCAGGUACAGCGCUGGUCAAAGCACACGAGCGAACAAUUUACGCAAAGCUGCAAGCAGCAAAGUUAGGCGCAGGCUGAUCCUGGAUGAUGAUCAAGGUGCUGCUGCACAUUGCACUCCAGGAUUCAGUGAUGCAUCAACUCAUAAUGCAGCACCACAACCACAAAGAAAGUGCACUCCUGCCAUGGAUAGUGAGGACGAUGCACCAAACACCCAGUUAAGCAUAGAAACAUGGCUGAUGCGAAGUAAACAUAAUCGUAAUAUAAAGACCACUUCAGGACCCCAGAGUGAAGCUGCAUGCAAGAGCACCGUCUAUACAAAAGGCCGAACACCAAUGUUAGCACUUGGAGAGCGUGUAGCCACAGCUCCAGUGAAGACAGCUGGGAAACAAACUCGUGGUAGAGCCAACGCUGCACCAAGAAAACUGGCACAGGCUCGAUUGUGCGCUAUGAGUGAUACCAAAGAAGCUGCCUCAUCAGAGGUCUGCAUUAGUCAGAACAAAGUCCGGAGCACCAAACAACAAAAGCCAUCAUACUUAAGCGCUCGGAGGGCACCAAAAGCAGAUGCACCAAAACCCAAGCCCACAGCGAGAGCAGGACCAAGCCAUUCCCGUGGCUCCAAAUCAUCAAACAAGGUUUCAAAGCCCACAAAAGUAGUAGACGAUGCAAAGGCAUUGCAGAAGGUGUCAGUUGGGGCAGUGGCUCGCAGGCGGAAAACGAGACCUGGCACACCGGUGAAUGAGACAGCAUGCGACGACAUGUACGAGUGUAAACGAGUUGCUGGAGGCAUACCAAAUCAUUUCUUCGAAGAGGAACGCUGGGAACGGCUUUCCGACAUUGUGAUGCCAAUUACAAGCACACCGCCACCCAAUUCCCCACAUCUCAGCCCCAGGAGAGCUCAGUUCUCGUCGUACCACGACCUGGACAGCGCGCCAUCUGCAGUGUCCCGAAAAAAUGCAAUGGCAAUCAUGCGCAGCAUGCGCAAGCGCGGCGCUGAGGCUGGCACCUUACUGUGCUCAACGCCAAAAAACGUGAAACACCGUAAUGUGAAGAAAGCACUGAAGGGCCUUCGUAAGCUGGAAGAAAUAUUAAAGCAAGACAGGAUGAGGGAAAGCUGUCGAGAUUUUAGUGAGCAGAGUGAUGAUGCAGAGGACGAAAUGUGCCUUGAAGAAGAGCCUUUGGGAUGAUAGCUGAGAGACACAAGUCUUUAUUUAUUGUAUUUAUUGACUGAGCCCAUGCGAGAAAAGGGCAUGCUCCGAGGUGAGGGCUUUUGUGUAAAUUACUUUAAAUGCGUUACAAUGCCAACAGCAGUGUUUAAAUCUCUUUUGUUUAUUUAUAUCUUUAUAUAUUGAUCUCUGUACAGCGUGAUUACACUGUCGCCUACUUAGUUGAUCAUUUAUAUGGUGUAAGAUAGUUUGUGCGAUGGUGUAAGACUGUUUGCACCCAGCUUAGCGCUGUUCAGAGUUGUGUGUCCAACAACUUGUGCUAAUGAACUUGCCAGAGUGAGUUCUACAGGCUGUGCGACAAUGUGAUAAAUGUGUGCGUAGGCAACAAAAUGAUCAUUUGGCGUGCUCUCCAACUGGUGAAAAGAAAAAAAGGAGGGAGUGAGGCAGCAGAAGUGCAAUAUAUACACAAUUGGAUUAACGCAAAUUGGCACGCACAUUCAGACUAGGUCUUCUGCGGUUUUGCUUUUGACGAGACAUCUUGUCAGAAUUUCUUUUUUUAUUUUGCUACAGACAUUUUGCGAGCUGUAAAGCAAUUAUUUUAAUAAACGGAAUAAUGAAUAUCGCGGUCAGUGGCAUACGUGUCUGCCUUUCUGUGUUGUGUCAUUU